UGCCUGAAGAACAACGUGCGGCGUCUAACUGCCCUCAAGUGGUAGUAUACCUAUUCGCUAUUUCCCAUUUCUAUUUGGACACCGGUCUCCUGUGCUUCAUUCGUGUCCCUCUGCUAAAAUACUGAUGAAAAGCUUCGCAACAAAUAGUCAACAAGUUGGGUGUAAAAAAUAUUUAAAAACAUUUUAUUUACAAUGAAUAUAAUACAACAACUAAUGGUUUCUUCACCUCUUCAUCGCAGAUCAGAUUGUAGAGCUAUUAGCAAACACGUGCACGUGCGUUUGUGGCAUCAUCCAACAAUUUUGUAGCUAUAUAUAGAGUAUCCAAACUAUAAUGUGUAAACGCCUACUUAUCAACACUCAUUGACGAAUAUCUAUGUAGUAGUAGUUAUUGUCGAGUGGACUGGUCGGGGAGCUGGCCUGCAAUAAUCAGAAUGACUGGGCAAUGCCAUCACAGCAGUGUCACAUGAAGAAAAAGCCCUGAGGAAGUUUGGUGAGGUGUGAUACGGAGAUUGGAAUGGAUACGAAGACACCACUGAUACCGCUGAAGUAUCAGGAGAAGAGACAACACAAAAAACAGGAGACUAUUGUUGAACAUUUGUUUCUACCACCUCUGGCCGGCGCUCAGCCCUCGAAUGCCGCUGAACGUCAAAGGACAAAUAUAGAUAAUAAUAAAAAGAAUUCAGAUAAAAAUUGGACGAAUAGUGGUACUCCAUAUGUAGCCAACAAUUCAGAUCAACAAUUAAAUAGACCAUACAGGGUCCUCCAUAUUGGUGCUACACCAUUGAUGCACGCCUGUCAACAGGGUGAAAGAUCCCGAGUGCUUAGACUUCUCAAAGAGCAAGGAGAUACAGUGAAUUAUCGCGAUCGAACACUAAGAAACACACUUCAUUACUGUAUGGAUGCAAGUACUGGUGGUGCUGUUGCAUCAGCAGCACCGCAACUUGUUAAUGCACCAGAUGCUGAAGGACAUACACCCCUCCAUUUGGCAGUUAUUGCCGGGGAUACGCAGCUUGUUGCCGUAUUGCUUGCCAAUGGUGCCAAUGUCAAUGCCAAAGAUCUUGAGGGACAUAGUGUUUUACAUUGGGCAACGGUAUGUGGUGAGGCAGAGUGUGUACGUCUAGUAUUGGCGGCAGGGGCCAGGCCAUCAACACCAGAUCUUCGAGGUGGUUCACCACUCCAUUAUGCAGCUCAGUGUUGUGGUGCUGCAGUGACAGCAGAGCUCUCUGUGCCCAAAAAAGUGGGCUUAAAGGUGUUACAUACUUUGUUAGAAUUUGGUGCUGAUGUCAAUGCUAAAGAUGAAGAUGGUCGUCAACCAAUUCUCUGGGCAGCCAGUGCUGGCAGUGUUGAAGCUGUCUUAGCACUUGUCAGAGCUGGAGGUUCUGCAGCUGCAUGUGCCACUGAUAAAGAUGGCCUUACAGCGCUCCAUUGUGCAGCAUCCCGUGGCCAUGCAAGAUGCGUUGAAGCACUAGUAAACCUUUGUGGAUCGCAGCCAGAUCAUGUAGACGAUAAUGGUUGUUCCGCACUUCAUUAUGCUGCGACUCUCGGUCAUGCUGAUGCAACGGCACUUCUUUUGCGACUUGGAGCUGAUCCAAAUAGACAAGAUCGCAAAGGCAGAACGCCUGCACUUUGUGCAGCUGCAAAAGGCCAGUUAGAAACUCUAAAGAUUCUUGCUCAGCACGGUGGUUCUCUCCAUGCAAGAACUGUUAGAGGCACUGGCGUUGCUCAUGAAGCUGUGCUAUCAGGUCGUAUUGAAUUAAUAGAAUGGCUAGCGAAAAAAAAACCUAGCACAUUGGAUGUUGCCACUCAUGAUGGACGAACUCCUCUUCAUGUUGCUGCCCUUCAUGGCUAUUUAGAUAUUUGCAAAGUACUUUUAGACCAUGGAGCUAGAAUAAAUGCCAUUUUCAAAACGAUAAAGAGUGGCUCAAUGACGCCACUGGAUGCGGCAUUGUAUAGAGGGCAUCGAGAUUGUGCUAAACUCAUUCAAAUGCACGGGGGUAUAACUGCACACCAUGUAUGGAUGAAUCGAACGACACCCAAUAGAAGAGUUUUUGCAGCUAAAGUCAAAAUUGAACGGUCUAAUUCAACUUCUCCAAGUGACAGUGAGUCUCGACAUCGUCGUCAUCGAAAAGCAAAUGUCUAUAUUGAAGAACGAUGGAUUGAAAAGCGAACUCGUAAGCAUAAUAGCACACCAAAAAAAAAGCAUGAAAAACGUCGAGGCAGUAGAAGUUUCAGUGAAGAGGAAGUGCGACUUUCAAAAGACUCUUGUCACCAACGACCAAGACGUGCCAAAAGUGAAUCAUCGAGAUAUCAAGUUACUGAUGUGGAAAGUACAACAACGUGCAGAAGAAAGUACUCAAAGCACGAAUAUAGUGAAUCGUCAAGUGAAACAGAUAAUGGAAGCUCUGAUGAAGAAGAAAAUGCUGUCAUUGAAAGGGAAAUUCACCGAGUGCGGCGGGACAAUAGUCUCAUAUCAGGUGACCCGAGUCUCAGUGAUGAUAGUUUGGAAGUUGUUGUGGUAAAAAGAUCAGUGGAAAAAAAAUCGGAAAAAAUAAAAUAUUCUGAUGGAAAAUUGACAAAAAAGCCACGAGAAGCAACAUGUAAAGAAAUGAGAGUCAAGAGUCGGAGUUCACGAAUAAAAUGUCAAAGCGAAGAUAAAUUAAAAUCAGUGUCCAAUGGAGAUACAAGAAGAAGAAAAAGAAGAAGAAGCAGACGAAGAAAAAAUGAAAAUAGUUGUUCAGGUGAAGACGAAGAAGAAGAAGAAAAAGUAGAAGAAGAAGAAGAAGAAGAGGGGAACAAUUCCAAGGUUUCAAUGAAACAAACAAAAGGAGAGUCUGAAGAGAAAAUGAAAAAAGAUAUGACAGAUAGCACUAGCCAAGAGACUGUGGAACGUGUAACAGUAACGGCUAUAGUUCAUAAGGAUCAGCCACCGGAUACUCCAAUAAUUGGUGUAGAAAGUAAAAUUGAAAAUAAUGAGCAACAAGAGACAUCCAAAGCAAAGAUGUAUUAUAUAUUGGAGAAAGCUGAUGAGAUGCAGAAUUCCCUGAUGACAAAAGCAGCGGAUAUGAAAAGAGACGUUGAAGAUAUUCGUCGACAAGUAAAUCAAGAGGCUUCUCAUCCUUCAUUGAACGAUGAUAAUCAAUAUAAUGAAGAUGAUAAUUCCACACCCAAAGGUAGGGAAGAGACAGAGCAAGUGGAUGUUUUUGUGAGCAAUCCACCAGCAAUCCCGCACAUCCAACAAGAAUUUUCACCGUUACAGAGUCAACCAGAGGACAACAAUGCAACUAGCAGUGGCAAAUUAUCUCCUGUAGAACAAAAACAAUACAAAGAGAAUGACGAGAAUGAGGAGAAAAAAGAACAAACAAAUAAUAAAAAUGAUGAUAGUGUAUCAAUAAAAUCAGCUAUUGAGCACGGAUCCAGCCCUUCCUCAACAAAAACCUGUAAUUCAGAAGAAACAAUUGAGCCAAAUUAUGUUAUUAAUAAAGAUGAAAGAAUUGAAAAAAUUAAAAAAGUCACAGCUAACUCAGACUCGGAGAAAAAUCAAAUGAAUGAUCCAUAUGUUGAAAAGAUUUCAUCUGAAAAGAUGGUCUUAAAAGAUCAGGUAGAGCCUGAUAAAAAGUAUGAUAGUCCAUUUAUUUCAUCCAAGGAUAUGAAAAAAAUGACAAAUUCAAGACCAUCAACAGCUAAGAGCAAAAGCGAUUCUGGUGAUAAUUUAUUUGAAAGUUCGGAAGAGCGUUCACCUGACCGUAGUGCAAUUGUUGCAGUCAUUGAAAGUCCAGAGUGGGAUGAAGAAGACGAACAAGUUGCCAAGGAAAUUCAAAAUGUAGUUGAAAAUAAUACUGAGCUAGAGACAGAGCCUGAAUAUGACGAUGAAUUGGCAGUUUUAAGGGUUUUACCAAGUACAAGUGAAGAGGAAACGCCAAGGAAACCAAUCAACUUAUUGAGAAACUCUAAAUUGGAUGCACUAACUCGUGUGGAUAAUAAAAAAAUAAGAGUGUCAAAGGAACGUCGUGAUAGCGGAGGACGUGAUAGUGGCAUUGAACCGAGCCCUCGUAUUUCAAAAAUUCCAAAAAGAACUCUAAAAUGCCAUCCUAAUACUGAGAGACAACAGACGCUAAAUAUGGAAACAAUUCAACGUGACGUUCAAAUUAAUUUGCGACGAUAUCAUCUCGAGAGAAAAAUAUUCUUUCAACUUAUGGAAUUGAAAAGACUUCAAAUACGUCAUGGAAGAGUGAAUGAACAUAUUUUGAUAAAACGACAGGUUGAGAGUUUUAAUAAAUCUGGAAUGUCUGGACCAACGCUGGGAGUAGCUCGAUAUGAUCAGCCGUUGACAUUUAGGCAUUUUGAGGGAUAUCUAUAUGAACAAUUGCGACGUUUACAAAAAAGACCGGCAACGCCUGACUGGUGCACUGAAGCCAAACAGUGUACCCAAAAAACUCAUCGCUGUCAUCACGCUACAAGUGCUUAUACAUCUCUACCAAUUUAUACAUAUCUGGAUGGAGGAGGCCGAGACCGAGAGGAAAGCACUCUUCUUCCGAGGAUUGAGAAUCGGGGGAAGGGUCAAAUGACGGUUGAAGUUACCAAGGGUGAAGAGAAACAGGUGAUUGCAUUGCCAGCUGAGAAAUUGGAUCGCACAAAGCGUUACUUCAUCACGUUUACUGUUAGAGGUGAAGCGCAAAAUAGUGAGGUACUUAAUGCUCCACGAAACGCACACAGAAAUACAAAAAGUGUAUAAUAAUAUACUGCCAAUGACAUCAAAUACAAUCAAUGUCUAUAUCUCAUCCACUUGAUUAUAUUUGAAUUUUAAAUAUUAAAAUACAACCAAUAUGUUGUUCAAAAAGGUCCUCCUCUUGUGGAGAUUUGGGACCAGAUAUAAUAACCCCGUUCAUGACAUUAUAUAUAUAUCUUUGUGUUUUAAUGUAAUAAACAAUAAAGUUGAAAUAAAUAUUUAGAAAAAAGACAACAAA